AUGCCUGACUCAAAGCUAAUUGUUUGUUCUCUUCCGUCCAUCCUAGCUCUACUUCUGAUCUUCAUUCUCGUCAAACGAAAGAAAAGCAGACUCAAUCUCCCACCAGGCAACACGGGCUGGCCUUUUCUUGGUGAAACUAUUGGCUAUCUUAAGCCUUACUCUGCUACUUCAAUUGGAAACUUCAUGGAGCAACACAUAUCAAGGUAUGGAAAAAUUUUUAAGUCUAACUUGUUUGGAGAGCCAACAAUAGUUUCGGCAGAUGCUGGGCUAAAUAGAUUCAUCUUACAAAACGAAGGAAGAUUAUUUGAGUGCAGCUAUCCUAGAAGCAUAGGUGGAAUUCUAGGAAAAUGGUCUAUGUUGGUAUUAGUUGGAGACAUGCAUAGAGACAUGAGGAGUAUCUCUCUCAACUUCUUGAGCCACGCCAGGCUUAGAACCCAUCUAUUGAGAGAGGUGGAGAAGCAUACCUUGCUUGUACUCAGCUCCUGGAAAGAGAAUUCUGUAUUUUCAGCACAAGAUGAAGCCAAGAAGUUUACCUUCAAUUUAAUGGCAAAACAUAUCAUGAGCAUGGAUCCUGGAGUUCCUGAGACUGAGCAGCUUAAGAAAGAAUAUGUUACCUUUAUGAAAGGAGUGGUGUCUGCUCCUUUGAAUUUUCCUGGGACUGCAUAUAGAAGGGCCUUACAGUCUCGAUCAACUAUUCUGAAGUUUAUUGAGCACAAAAUGGAAGAUAGAAUAGAGAAAAUGAGGGAGGGGAGAGAAACUUUGGAUGAUGAUGAUCUUCUUGGAUGGGUCUUGAAGCAUUCUAAUCUUUCCACUGAACAAAUUCUUGACUUGAUUCUGAGUUUACUCUUUGCUGGCCAUGAAACUUCAUCAGUAGCCAUAGCUUUAGCUAUAUACUUCUUGCAAGGUUGUCCUAAUGCUAUUCAACAACUAAGAGAAGAGCACCAAGAAAUUGCAAGUGCCAAGAAGCAAUUAGGAGAAAUUGAAUUGAAUUGGGAAGACUACAAGAAAAUGGAAUUCACACAAUGUGUUAUUAGUGAGACACUGAGGCUUGGUAACGUAGUGAGGUUUCUCCACAGAAAGGCAUUAAAAGAUGUUCGUUAUAGAGGUUAUGACAUUCCAUGUGGAUGGAAAGUGCUUCCGGUGAUAUCAGCCGUGCAUUUGGAUCCUUCACUUUUUCCCCAGCCUCAACAAUUCGAUCCAUGGAGAUGGCAGAAAAAUGCGACGCAGGGAUCUUCAUCAUCUGGUUGCCCUAGCAUGACAAGUAGUAAUAACUUCUUGCCAUUUGGGGGCGGACCGCGACUCUGCACCGGAUCAGAAUUAGCAAAACUAGAAAUGGCAGUUUUCAUCCACCAUCUAGUCCUCAACUACCACUGGGAAUUAGCCGAUAUGGAUCAAGCUUUUGCCUUCCCCUUCGUUGAUUUUCCAAAAGGCUUACCAAUCAGAGUCCGACACUACGCUUUCAUAUAGUUAAUAAAAGACAAAGAGCCCAUGCAUGAUUAAACGAUAAAAACAGACCCUUCCUUCAGUCUCAGCCAUAGCCUUUCGUGGUGGACAUACAAAAAAAAAAAAAAAUCAAGAAGAGACGACGUGAUUGAGUUCUUGGAUUUUCCGACGG